AAAAGUUUCUUCGUGAUUAAUCAAACCAAUAUCAUGGCACGGAGGGGCGUAGGAUAUAAGCGAAAGUGGAGAGAGGGAGUAAGAGAUUAGGAAAGUAAAGUAGAAAAACCCUCGUAGAGAUUUCUUCACCGUCCGGCAAGUCAGCAUGAGUCGCUCAAUCGUUGUCUUCUUGUUGUUGUUUCUUGUCUCAAAUCCAUCACCUUGUAGUUCCUCUUUUACUUUCCCAUAUUCCAACUACCACAUCCUCCUCUCUCUCUCUCAUUCCCUCUUCUCCCGUGUCGCCAAUCUCCGUGAAGCGCGUGGUGACUACCAUGCCGCUGACCGAGCUCGAUCCAUUGCUAGAAUAUUGGAGAAUGGUUUGGAUAUUGGUAGUUUCUGGAACAUCAUGUGGAGUGUUGCUUGGGAUUAUGAUUGGAGAGAUGCUGCUGCCUCGUUUGAUAUGUCUGAGUUGAAUCAAUUGUUGCGUGGUCUUACUGAGUUUUCCACUGUUGGUUCCGAUAGGGAAAGGGUUGACUGGAUUUAUCGGAAUUAUCAUAAUCUUUUGAAAGUUUCGACAUCUCUUUUUGGUAGAUUGAGGAAGGUCUUUCGACAAUCUGGUCCGCUGGAGGAAGUAAUAGAAACACUUCAGAAGGAAGUCUUAGAAGGCGAUUUGCUUAAGGACUGCCUUGAAUUGGGAACUACUGAUUUGAAGGGCCUACUCAUGGUUUUCAAGGAUAUUUCUUCAAAACAUACCUCUACUUCCUCUACCGGGGCAGACCUGUGACUGAGUGAAGUUGAAACCAAGGUGUUAUGGUUAACUCUUAACUACGUUGUGGCUUUCCAGUGCUGUACCAACACAAGUGCAAAAGAUCAACGUAGAAGUAGCUGAACUUUUUGUUUUUCAGGCUUGUAUUAUAAUUUAUCGGAAACAGCCUCCUUGCCUUCCGAGGUAGGGGUAAGGUCUGCGUAUACUUUACCCUCCCCAGACCCCACAUUGUGGGAUUUCACUGGGUAUGUUGUUGUAUUAUAAUUUAUACGUGACUUGUUAAGAACCAAAACUAUCAUCUGAAUGUUUUUGCUAGCAUAAAAGUAGCUGAUUUUGUUCAAUGAAAAAAAGACUUCUUUGGUGGGACU